CGUCAACCGCUGGUGAAUUUAAGCCGGUCAUGCGUCGCAUGGGCCAGAGAUUUCCGUUGCCCGCACGGGAAGCGUGACGCGCGCGACGCCGACGCCGACGCGUCCCCCCGGCUUCACCGCCACCGUUGCCUACCGCGCGCGCCUCCAUCCCACCAGCCUCCUCCUUUUUCUUGACGGGGAGACGCAUAAAUGAGCUCGCCGACGCCAUUACGCCCCACCGCCGCCGGCGGCGGCGCCAGGAGUUACCCCACCUCGCUCCAGCACCGGCGGCGGGGGAGGCCGGGCGCGGGCGCCGCGGGUUUAAGAAGGCCGCGGGUGCGCCGGUGCAAGAUGAAGCUCAUGUACUUCCUCAUGGACCGGGAGGAGCAGCGCGAGAAGCGCCUCGAGCUCGAGUUCGAGGUGUCGGAGCUGGAGACGGUGCUGGAGAAGGAGCAGCGGCUGGGCAGGGUCCUCCAGUGCUCGCUGCAGGGGCGCGUCGUCUGCCAUUGCUGCCUCUCCACACUCGUUCCCACCAAUGUUAGGGGCCUGCUUGGGGAGCUGGCGAUGGUGGAGGACGAGAUAUUCUACCUGGAGAAGAAGGUCGAGGACCUGCGGCUGCGCCUGCGCCGGGAGCAGAGGUGGACGGACCAGUGCAUUCAGCAGCAGCAGCAGCAGAGCUGGCCGCAGAGCCGCCAGCCCCGGCACUCCGUGUCCAGGAGAGAGCUCCAGCUCCAGGGUGCCCAGCAGCUGCCGAAGCUGCCCUGCCCAAGCAGCGACGAAGCUGUCGAAUGCGAGAGCAAGGCUUCUGUUGGAUCCGCCUCCGCCAAAGGAGAUGAAAUGGAGCAUGUCACUGCAAGGAGAAGCAGCCACUGCAAGCCGUCGGAGACGACGCCGACGCCUCCGGAGAGGAAGGUCUGCCUGAGCAGCCCGAACAAGCUGUCGGAGGAGCUGAUCAGGCUGAUGGUGACCAUCUUCCAAAAGCUGAACAAGGCGGGGGACGCGGGGGAGCUGGAGCUGGGCGGCGCGUCGAAGCUCAACAUCUCCUGCAUCGGGCCUCGGAGCCUCGUCCCCAGGGUCGCCGUGACCGGCGCCGCCGCCGCGAUGAGCCCGCUCAAGAACCGGAGGGCGUCGGCGACGGCGAAGGCCGGACAUGGCGCGGAUAAGGAGACUGCCGCUGCCGGUGCCGGGUGCCACAGGAGGUUCGUCGAGUUCACGAGGGCGUCCGUCGACGUCAGCCGCAUAUCGCUGUGCCUCGUCGACAUCAAGAACCUGAGGGGAUUGAUGCAAAAGCUUUGCACCGCCGAUCCGAGCCUUCUGACGAACAAGCAGAAGCUGGCGUUCUGGAUCAACAUCUACAACUUCUGCGUGAUGCAUGCGUUUCUUCAGCACGGUUUACCUCCAUCCCCGGAAAAGCUUGUUGCGCUGCUGAAUCAGGCUUCAGUGAACGUCGGAGGAACAGUGCUGAAUGUCCUGUCGAUCGAGCACCUCAUCCUGAGGCACUCUCCCGAAGGCAAGCAGGGGAUCAUGGACGAAGGACAGAGGGAUCUUCUGCACUUGUACGGCCUCGGGUACCCUGAACCCAACGUCGUCUUCGCGCUGUGCAGAGGCAGCCGCUCCUCGCCGGCGCUGCGCGUGUACACGGCGGAGGACGUGUCGAACGAGCUGGAGCGCGCCAAGGUGGAGUACCUGGAGGCGGCGGUGCGCGUCGCCGGCGGCCGGAGGCAGCGCGCCGUCGUGGUGCCCAAGCUGCUGCACUGGCACAUGCGGGACUUCGCCGACGACGACGCGUCCCUGCUGGAGUGGGUGCACAGCCAGCUGCCCCGGGCGUCGGGCCCGCUCCGGCGGGCCAUCAGGGAGGUCCUGGGCGCUAGCGGCGGCGGCAGGGGCACGGUGGGGACUCCGGCGCCGGCGGCCAAGAUGGUGGAGGUCGAGCCGUACGACGCCGAGUUCUGCUACCUGCUGCCCGUCUGGUGAGCGAGCGUCCGUGCAUUGGUCGUCUCGGUCGAUCGCUCGAAGGCUCGAAGCCGCUGCGUGCUAAUUUUUUGCCGUGUUCUCUGGUCGAGGUGUGAUUUGCACCAGCAUCUGGUCAGUGAAAGGUGACAGUGUUGUCAAGCCGUGAACUACUACCGUGUGGCACAAUGUAAAUUGUUGGGGUUGAGCCGUUGGAGUUUGGUCCCGUAGAGUUUCGGAAAAAAAAAAGAGUUUGGUCCCGUACAGGGAAAAAAUCAAUAAAAAGGAACACAAUAGUACCUUAUUAAUAAAAUAUUUUCAUUUCAGUA